AUAUAAGGCAGCCGGAAACAAUGCGCCUGCAAACUCGCGCUCCCGCGCCGAUUCCAGGAGCGUUAGGGCCGCCGUGCGCGAGCAAGAGGGAGAGCACGAGCGCGGGGCGCGCGCUCGGUGGCGCGCAUGUGCAAGUGUGCGGGCUGCCCGGCUGCCCCGAGCCCGCGGGGAGCCGGUCCGCUCCAGGUCUGGGAACAGCUGGAGCGAGGGAGCGGACAUGGACUUCGACUCGUACCAGCACUAUUUCUACGACUAUGACUGCGGGGAGGAUUUCUACCGCUCCACGGCGCCCAGCGAAGACAUUUGGAAAAAAUUCGAACUGGUGCCAUCGCCCCCCACAUCGCCACCCUGGGGCUCGGCUUCUGGCGUCGCGGACCCGGCUUCUGGAAUUGGUCCUCCGGAGCCGUGGCCCGGAGGGGGCGCCGGGGACGAGGCGGAAUCCCGGGGCCAUUCGAAAGCUUGGGGCAGGAACUACGCCUCCAUCAUUCGCCGUGACUGCAUGUGGAGCGGCUUCUCGGCCCGGGAACGGCUGGAGAGAGUGGUGAGCGACCGGCUCGCCGCUGGCGCGUCCCGGGGGAACCCAGCCAAGGCGCCCGCCGCCCCGGACUGCACUCCUAGCCUCGAAGCCAGCAACCCGGCGCCGGCUGCCCCCUGUCCGCUCGGCGAGCCCAAGACCCAGGCCUGCUCGGGGUCCGAGAGCCCAAGUGACUCGGAAGGGGAAGAAAUUGACGUUGUGACAGUGGAGAAGAGACAGUCCCUGGGUGUACGGAAGCCAGUCACCAUCACGGUGCGAGCAGACCCUUUGGACCCCUGCAUGAAACACUUCCACAUCUCCAUCCAUCAGCAACAGCACAACUAUGCUGCCCGUUUUCCUCCAGAAAGCUGUCCCCAAGGGGGGGCUCCAGAGAGAGGCCCUCAAGAAGUGGCUCUGGAGAGAGAGGCCCCUGAGGAAAAGGAAGAAGCAGCAAAUGAACAGAUUGUGAGCUCCCCACCAGUAGAAAGUAAGGCUCCCCACUCCUGCCACCCUAAACCUGUCAGUUCGGACACCGAGGAUGUGACCAAGAGGAAGAACCACAACUUCCUGGAACGCAAAAGGCGGAACGACCUCCGCUCGAGGUUCUUGGCCCUGAGGGACCAGGUACCCACUUUGGCCAGCUGCUCUAAGGCCCCCAAAGUAGUGAUCCUGAGCAAGGCUUUGGAAUACUUGCAAGCGCUGGUGGGGGCUGAGAAGAGGAUGGCUACAGAGAAGAGGCAGCUCCGAUGCCGGCAGCAGCAGCUGCAGAAAAGAAUUGCGUACCUCAGUGGCUACUAACUGACCAAAAAGCCUGACUGCUUUCUGUCUGACAAAGACUCAAGUUUAUUUUUUAACUUCCCCUCUUCCCCUUAGUAAUUUGCACAUUCUAGUUAGGUGGGACAGUCCGAACAGUAGACCCCCGGAAUGCAUUGCAGCCGGUGCACAUACAAUAAGGGCUUGCCUUCUCGGAAACCUUGAAACCCAGCUCUCCCUCUUCCCUGACUCAUGGGCGUGCUGUGUCUUCCCUGGCACCUUUGGCUCCCAAGCAGGCAGCUGACUGAGGAGACUUGGGGUCUGCCUAGAUUACUAGCUCCGAAGAAAAGCCUGACAGAUGCUAUGCAACAGGUGGUGGACGUUGUUUGAGGCCAGGGGCUCCAGCUUGCUUGAAAUCUCACACUCCAGAUGAGCUUUAGGCUGGGAAAAGAUGCUCUCACUGGUGUCUCUGGGGUGAUGCAAGGACAGCUGGGCUUGGAAGCUCUCCCUGAGGCUCCUUUUUCCAGGAGACAUACGAGCUGUCUUGGGUGAAGACAAGCUCACAGACUUGGUCAACAUGGACCAUUACCUCACUAUCAGACACUUUACAGUAGCUGAGGAAUUGGAAACCUUUAAUAUAUAUAUAUUAUGAUGUCAAAUGAUAACCUUCCUCCCAUUCUCAAUGCUGCAACCUUAAGAACAUUUAAAGAGCUUGGUCUCUAAAUCUUUUUUCUUAAAGCCCUCUGGUCCCUGUCCUCUGAGGGAGCCUAUUUUGUCCUUACAAGGGACUUUGUUUCCUUCUGCCUUUGUUAUGCAAUGGGCUGUAUAAUAUCCCUUUCCCAUAGGUCAGAAGUAAUUCCCUAAGACCCAAGGAAAUGGAUUCUGGGAAGGCUUGGAGUCCACGCCAGAACAUGUUACCUGACCAGGUGUUUUCCAUCUUGGAAUCUCUUCUCAAGACAUGUUAGGCACCUCAGGAGGGAGAAUUGUACCACUUCCUCUUUGCCAUCUCCCUUUCAUCUCAAUUCCUGACUGAUAAGUUUGAGGUUCUACUAGCACCAUGUAAACCUAUCCUACAACUCCAAGGAGCUUGCUGGCUCUACAGCCACCAGGUAGCCUCCUGACAUGAGUCGGAUCCCUUUCCCAGAACCUGGGCCUUACUGAAGUUUUUACUGGGAGAGUUGCUGGGACUCAUGCAGCACUCCAGAAGGUGGACUAGCUUCCUGGUGGGUUUUAAAGGGUCUUCCAGGAGCUCUGCUUAGCAGACCAUGAUGAAUUUUGCCCCAGCUGGACUCGGAACCUCCAAGUGAAUUCCAGGUGCAGCUUGUGGUCUGGGAAAGGCAUCCAAUCCAACAGGUGUCAUGUGACCCAAACCUCAGGAGCCCCUAGCCUGGCCUAGACGGGCCCCUCCAGAACUCUGCUCUGGGCAACAGGUGCCUGCUGGCUGUGGGUUUCAGAGUGGGGGAGGGGAGGAUGGUAGCGCACUCUGUGUAGCUCUGGAAAGCCAGCUGCUACUUCCAAACCUAUUAUGCAUGAUGGUCUGUUUCUGAGGUUGCUUCCUGGCCUCAGAAAACCUCAGUGGAAGUUUGAAAAAGCCUCUCUACCUUCUGGAGCAUGGGUUUGGGGAGCCAGCCGACUUCUGGAACUGUCAUUGGAGAACAGGUGGGAUGUAGGUUAAGCUAUAUCACCUGAAUCGCUUGUGUUUUAUAAGCUGCUGUUGGGUCUUAUGUUGGAAGCAGUCUUUUUUUUUUUUUUCCUUUUUUUAUACUGUAUUUUUGUAUGCCUUUUGCAAAGUGGUGGUGUUUUUGUACAAGAAAAAACUCUCGGGCAAUUCUCCUCUUGCAAGAAUCCGAUUUAUUUUGAAAGGCAAGUUUACCUGAAAUUUUGUAUUUAGUUGUGACUAAAGAUUGCCUGAUUUUAAAAUGUUGCCUUCUGGGACAUCUAAUAAAAGAUUUCACAAACAUG